CGAGGGGCCAUUUGCAAAGUUCCCGCAUCGUCUUCUCCCUCCGGCUUAUCGUCUCCAACACUCUCCCCGAAAACCCGACCCAAAACCCUGGCUCUACUUUCUCCAUGAAACCCUAGAAUCGCUCCUCUCCCUCACUCUCGCCUUUUGAUCUUUGAUGAGAACUCCCAUGGCGAGUAGGGCGGUGAGCGGUUGCUCGGCCCUCGCCUUCUUCCACCUCCGACCUUUGGUUUUCCGCGGGAGCUUGGGAUUGUCACGUUCGCCUUUGAGCUCUCGUUGCGGUAACCUCGCCCUCCGGUAUGGCGACGGCGGCGGCGGUUGUAGCGGGUGGGCGCGCCAUGGCCACAGCCUCGUCGACUCGGUCAUGGAGGAGCUCCGAGCUCGGAGGAGAAUUAGGGCCUCCGUGAGGAUGGAAUUACCCAGCACUAAGGAGUUUUCUGAAGUUAAAUUAGAUAAGAGAACCUUGCAGAAAGGUCUCUUGCUUGAAUUUCGAAAAGAUUCCCAAAAAUCAUUGCUCGCAGUUGCCCAAAAACCGGAUGGGAAGAGAAACUGGAUGGUGUAUGAUCAGAAUGGGAUUAUGUCCUCAAUAAAGCCCCAGCAAGUUACAUAUAUAGUACCUGGUAUCGAAGAUUUUGACAAUGCAGAUAUUGCCGAUUUUGUUCAAAGAGCUCACGAUCUCUUGGACCCGGCAAUUUUAGAGUGUGCUUGGGUGGAGCUUCUGGAAAAGAACAAAUCUGUGACAGCCGAGGAAUUGGCAGAGAUCAUAUAUGGCAGCAGUGAUCCUCUCGAGUGUUACUGUGCCCAUCUCCUAUUAUCAAGAGAUGAGAUGUACUUUAACGUGAUAGAGAGCCGAGGUUCAUCUGUUUAUGAGCCUAGACCAACUAUUCAGGUGGAGGAACUUUUACACAGGAAACAUGUCAAGGAGGCAUCUGAAAAAGAACUUGAAGAAUUUGUUCAUUUGCUUAUGUCAGCAAAGUCAAUGCCUCCACAAUCAAAGCCUCCUAAAAGUUCAUGGCUUACAGAAGAGAAAGUCAGAAGGAAGAUUCUGUCUCUUGAAGCUUAUGCCAUUGAUGCAUGCAAGAGUGAUGAACAAAGGAAAAUAGCAGGAAAUAUACUAAAGGCCAUGGGAGUACCGAAGACCACAUUUGCUGCAGUAGACCUUCUUAUUGAUGUCGGAUAUUUUCCUGUACAUGUCAAUCUUGAUCUCUUGAAGUACAAUAUCCGAACAGAAUAUAGUAAUGAAGUUUUAUUGGCUGCUGAAGAUCUUUUGGCACAUUCUUCUGAUGCUGAUGAGAAAAUCAGGAAAGAUCUGACAUUCUUGAAAGUGUAUGCGAUCGACGUGGAUGAGGCUGAUGAGCUGGAUGAUGCACUAAGUGCCACAAGGCUAUCGGAUGGUAGGAUAAGAGUCUGGAUUCAUGUUGCUGAUCCAACAUGCUUGGUUAAACCUCAGAGCAUUAUUGACAAGGAGGCAAUGAGAAGAGGAACUUCCAUAUUUUUGCCAACUGCUACCUAUCCAAUGUUCCCAGAAAGGCUUGCUAUGGAGCGUAUGAGCUUGCAGCAAGGGAAACUCUGUAGGGCUGUUAGCAUAUCUGUCACUUUGCAACCUGAUGGAAGUAUUGCAGACUAUAGCAUAGACAACUCAAUUAUCAGGCCUACAUACAUGCUGACAUAUGAGAGUGCAUCGGAGCUGCUCCACCUAAACCUAGAAGAGGAGGCUGAACUAAGGCUUCUUUCAGAAGCUGCUAACCUCCGUUUACAAUGGCGUCGUAACCAGGGUGCAAUAGACACAGCCAUGAUUGAGCCCCGCAUCAAGGUGGCAAAUCCCGGUGAUCUGGAACCUUCUAUCACUCUGUACAUUGAAGACCAAGCCAAUCCAACAAUGCGACUUGUAUCUGAGAUGAUGAUACUAUGUGGAGAGGUUGUUGCCACUUUUGGUUCCUUCAACAAUAUCCCAUUACCUUAUCGAGGGCAACCUCAAUCAAACAUAUCCACGUCAGCAUUUGCUCACCUGCCUGAAGGGCCUGUGAGGAGCUCUGCUUAUGUCAGAAUAAUGCGAGCUGCUGAAUUGGAUUUUAGGAAGCCUAUUCGCCAUGGAGUUCUGGGCGUUCCUGGUUAUGUUCAGUUCACAUCUCCUAUCCGAAGAUAUAUUGAUCUUCUAGCCCAUUAUCAGGUUAAGGCAUUCCUGAAGGGUGAACCACUUCCAUUUACUGCAGGAGAUUUGGAAGGAAUGGCAUUUCUUGUAAAUAUGCAUGUUAAAGUAGCUAAGAGGCUUCACAGCAGCAGCCUUAGAUAUUGGUUAUUGGAGUACCUAAGAAGACAACCCAGGGAAAGAAGAUAUACUGCCUUGAUUCUCAGAUUCAUUAAAGACCGGUUAGCAGCGUUGCUUUUGGUGGAGGUUGGCAUUCAAGCUUCUAGCAUGGUCUCAGUUGGAAAACAGAUUGGGGAUGAAAUCGAAGUUGUUAUGGAAGAGGCUCAUCCACGUGAUGACGUCCUUUCUUUAAAAGAGGUAUAGAGGGUAUUAAAAGGAGCUCAGAUGGCAUGUUUCUCUAUAUGCUGAGAUCUUCCUGGGCAACUAAUUACUGCGUUCGCAGGUACCUCGAAGAUGUGCUUUAGACAAGUGCUCUUUCAUGGGUGGUUCCAUUUUGGGUCUCAAGCAAAUGUUGAGCACCACUUUUGAUUCUAACUUAUGUUUCUCGUGCCAAAUCUGAAGGAUCUUCAAUUUACUCGAUUUUUCUUCUGAAUUUACCCAACAUGGUUAAAGAGGCAACGUACAGGUCUCGAUGAAUCCCUGAGUUGUACUAUUCACUGCUAUGAUGCGGGACGUCAAUCCAACUGAACAACAAAGGCAACAAAGAAAUGGAGGUGGAAUAAUUCAUCAUUUGAAAAGGCGGCACGCUGGAUCUGUUUUCAGGGCUGGGCAAUUGAGUCUGUUUUUUUUCCUUUUUUUUUUUUUGUUAAUUCCCUACUAUGUUUAUUAUGUAAGGGGUCCUAUCCUCAAUGCAUAUAUGUAAGUACACGGAAAAUGUCUUUGUUUCUCUCUGUUGUAACUUAUGCAUGUAUCGAUAUAACUUUUUGUAGCUUUCAUUAAAGUCUAUCAUGUCAAAA